ACCUCACACCAGUAUACAAAAUAACUAUAGUAUUACAGUAUAGUAACCUAUUACAUGCCCUUCUUCUUCGCGAACCGAGUCUCACCACAGUUAACAACGCAACCAGAAGCAACAGUUGGAAAACGAACGUGUUGCCGCGUAUACUACAUAGAAGAACAACCCUCGACGGAGAUGGUCACUGUUAGAUCGACCGGGAAAAACAAACGUGGAAAGCCGGAAAAGUGAAUGCGCGCACGUGAUUUUGUGCUGACUGAAAUACGUUUUUUUCAUUUUUUUUUUUUUUUAAGUGAUUCGAAACUGUUUUGUUAGUGCCAGAAAUAAUUGCAAAAAAAGGAACAAGACACCUAUUGUUAUAAUUUUCUUCCUUUUUACCCCACUUUAUCGGAUAUCUGCGGAAUACCUAACAAACAAUUAAAAAUGCUACUCAAUCAUUUUUCAUGGAUGCUACUGCUAUUAAUAUCAAGUAAAUAUAAAACAGAGGCCACAGAACUGGAUGCAGAUGGUAGUAGAGGGCACAGUUAUAAAAUUUCACCGUACUUAAGAAGGGAAAUAACGACAAACUACGAGGAAAGCUUCCCAGAUGACGACCUUAUGGCACUGAGCUCUGGAGGAGGAAGCAAAUUUAAUAAAAAGAAAAACAAAAGCAGCGUCGGCAGUAGCAAUGACAGUGAAGAGAAGAAAACAUUAGCGCAACAAGUGGCUGAAGGAAAGUACGCUCUCAUACAAAAUGAGCUUUUCCUCAAACCUCCGAAACGACCAGGCAUACUAAGUUACGAAGCGAACAGUGAAAUACCAAACGACACCGUACACACAUUAGGGGGUCUUGCAAAGAAAGAAAUAUGGUUGGCAGACAGUCAUUUGCUCGUAUUGACGGGCGGUACGUUUCAGCCCUACGAGACGACAGACGGGGGUGGGAAUGCGUGGCGACCCAUCGACUUUUACAAGGCUCCAAAGCGCCCCGUCAAGUUACCGACCCGUCCUAAGGUGCCGCCGCCCUUUCCAGUACAGCUCAUCGAAGGAGGGCCCCUCCAAAUCCUGGGCACAAACUCUACGAGAACGCUUGAUGAAUCAGAGAAAACCUCGACGCCGGUGCCUCCCCCGGAAGGAUACAUCCCCGGCAGUGGCCCAUACUUCCCACCCACAAAUCAAGAUCCGACCAACUCUAUUACCGGGCAAACUGCGUUCGGAAAUCCUUCAGUCGUUACCGAAACCGUUCCCACACCGGUCUUCUCAUUAAACAGCUCAAAUUUACCACCCCACUUUGCGUCACUACCCCCUGGAGCAGUCGUAUUACCACCACCAAAUUUAACUGUUAUGAUAGAUGAAGAAGAUCCGUCCAUCUAUUAUCCACCACCGUAUAGUUUCUACUAUGAAGUUGACAACUCUACCAAAGUACCCCCCGGUCCUUUAGUUCCCGGCCUAAUACUCCCACCUCCCCCUGAUUUCUUUGCACCGUUAGAAGGAGGUACGCCAACAGAAAGAUCAAAAACGGUGACCACAAAGACAAGCAUAUCGUCGAAAACAAGUGUAAGAUUCCGAAUGAAAACUUCAAAAACCACAACUUCUACAACUACAACUCCGCCCACAACCAAAACAACUUAUGCUUCUUCAACAACCCCGUCUUUUCAAAAAUACAAAACAAAACAAUCUAGAGUGUCGUUUGUGGAAAAGACCACGCUUCCCAAUCAUUUUAACCGACCUAUAUUCAGAGCAAGAAAUAGAACUAUUCAGAGGCCUGUUUCAAUUCAACCCCAACACGUACACGUACGUCCAGAAAAUCGUGUAACAGAAAAACCAAGCAUUGUUUCUUCCCGUCUUAUUGAAGAAAUUCAUAUAAAAACCAUACCAGACGUCACAACGCCAACAUACCAACAUUUGGAAGAUGUUCAGUUAAACAAAAUUAAAGACACGACAACUCCUAAUUCCUUACUUGCAUACAGAAAUAGUAUCGUGUCUAACAAAAUUAACUUUGAUGAACCUAGCACGAGAUCUACCACGAAAAGAAUACCAGUUAAAAUAUAUAUAACCCCCGCGUACGCAGACGCUGGUUUAAAAAGAGGUACUCCUGUGCAAAGGACUAAGAGGCCGAAAAAUAUUUAUUACUUCGAAGAAAGCCCCGACGAUCAGUACAGACAAUCAGUUCCUAAAUCUGAAGUACCUUUUUCAACUCCAUCACCUGAUAUAGUAAAAGAAACUCCCAGACAUAGAUAUCAUGCGCCGCCCCCACCAACCCCACUUCUUCGUCAAAUUAAACUCAGUCCGGCACCGUCUGACGACGACAGUUUCAAACAACACAUUGAUCAGAUUAGAAAUCAAAUUAGAAAAUUCCAAACAAGCCAAGAUUCUUUUGUUUCUAACAAUGCAAACCCAAGGCAUAAAUCUCAACCUCUUUACCAAUACAGUUUCGAAGCUCACAAUUACCCAGAACAACAUCGCAUCAAUGAAGAACAUUUUCGAAAUACGAAGGUUCCAGAUGCAGUAAAUGAUAAUCGGAAAUAUACUGUAAACAUUCAACCAGCUAUUGAGGUGACAUCCCAAGGACCUGUAAUUAGACAGUCAAGUCCGUUUCUUGUUCCACCUCAAGAUGCCUACAGAUCAACUCAAAGACCCACCGUAGACCAAUACUAUGACAAUCAGCAAGAGCAAGAAAAAUACAGACCAAACGGUGCUAGAAAAGAUUUGUCACAUCUCUCCGGUGUUCCAUAUCCUUAUUACGAUAUUUUUGUGUACGAUAUAAACGGAAGGAGAGAACUGUAUGAAACUCCUGAAGAAAAUCUGUCCUGGCAACCACGUCCAAGGAAACCAGUCAGCUUGCACGACGAUAUAAACGUAAAUUAUAACACAAGAGGAUUGCAAAUUAAUCCAGACGCUGAAAUUAUUCAAAUACCACAGCAAACACAACAUUAUCCACAACAAACUUCUGCUGACAUUCGAGAAAGGUCAACGCGACCAAACUCUUACUACGACACCCCAGCUACAUAUUACCAAGGAAACCGACGUCAACAAUCUACGUCCCCUAGAGGAACUAACCCCCCAGCCACAGCAUUCAUUUCUUAUAAACUUCCGGGGGACGAGGAGGCUCAUUUCUACUUCUUGACCCCCCAACAAACCAAACAGCAGCAGCAACAAAGGCACCAUGACUUCCCAUACUAUUACAAAAAUGACAAUGAUGACAAUGGUCGACUGAAGUGAAUGAAUGUGUUCCUUAAGAACGUUGUUCGGUGUGGAAUUGUAUUUUCUUACUUUGCGAGAGGUUCGCUCGAGACGCUACUGUGAUUUACAUAUUUAAGUACCAAAGAGUGAAUUGGGGACAGAAGGGAACUUUUUUAAAAGGUGCGAUCGAACCGUCAGGUGCAUAGUGAGAAUAAAAUAUACAACUCGUGCUAGAACAAUCCAUGAAUGACAUUAUUUAUGUUGAAAUUUGAAAAUAAAAUGUGACAAUAGA